CGCGAUUUACAAAAUUCAGUCCAAAUGUUAUCCGACUCAAAUCUAUAAUCGUCGUGUUUUGUGAUAAUGUCAGAUGUGCACGAAACAAAUAAAAAUAUGUCUGAAAAUGUGCGUUUCAUGAGGACAACAACAGAAGUGAGUGAUAAAAACAAGAGUGCGUCUAAAAAUGAUAGCGAUAAGAGGAACACUUAUGAGACCGCUAUUAAAGUAAAGAGUGUUAUUCCCAGGAAAAGACAAGAUCUUCUAAAAUGGUACGGAUGGGGCUACAAGGACUCCAAAUUUCAGCUGGUCGACAAUGUGGCUACAUUUACUGGGAAUCGAUACCUAAUCGGCGGCAAAACCCUCCCACACUUCGUGUCAUGGGUGAAAGAGAAGUUUGAUGUAGAUAUAUCGAAGCCACCCAAAAUACCACCUGUACCCACUGCGUACCCCCCGAGUAGAUUACCAGCUGCCAUACGCGAGGAGUUGGAAGCCAUAACUCUGGUUAGCGUUGAGGGACUGGAUAGGCUGAUCCGUGCUCAUGGACAGACGCUAAACGACAUGACGAAGCUAAGAGCCAACUCGUUCAAGAGGAUACCUGAUGCUGUGAUAUGGCCGCAGAAUCAUGAACAGGUAGUGCAAAUCGUACAGUGUGCGAACAAGCACAAGUUCGUGCUGAUCCCGUACGGGGGCGGCACGUCCGUGUCGGGUUCGGUCACGUGCCCGCAGCACGAGCUGCGCCCCAUAGUGGCGCUCGACACGUGCGACAUGAACGCGAUCCUGUGGCUUGAUAGCGAGCAGCUAGUUGCCAGGGUGCAGGCGGGCAUAGUAGGCCAGGAUCUCGAGCGGGAGAUGCGUGCCCGCGGCUACACGGUGGGCCACGAGCCAGACUCGUACGAGUUCUCGACGCUGGGCGGCUGGGUGGCCACGCGGGCGAGUGGCAUGAAGAAGAACACGUACGGCAAUAUUGAGGAUCUGGUCGUGCAGACUAAGAUGGUAACCCCGAGCGGCGUGCUCGAGAAGAGUUGUUGCGUGCCGCGGAUAUCGUGCGGUCCGGAGUGGGAACAUGUUGUACUCGGCUCAGAGGGUUGCUUGGGGGUCGUCACUGAGGUGACAUUAAAAAUCCGCCCCCUCCCCCCCGUGGUGCGCUACGGCUCCCUCGUGUUCCCGGGCUGGGAGGAGGGAUUCCACUUCGAGCGGGAGGUCGCGAGGAGACGCCUGCAACCCUCCAGCAUACGGCUCAUGGAUAAUGAACAGUUUAGAUUCGGGCACGCGUUAAAAACGGAACAGUCCUGGGGCGGAGUGCUCCUCGAAGGGCUCAAGAAGCUGUACAUCACAAAGAUCAAGGGUUUCGACCCCCUCAAGCUUUGCGUAGUGACGCUGCUCCUGGAGGGCGCUGCUGAGGAGGUGGCUGAACGGGAGGCUGUGCUGAACAGCAUAGCAGCGAAGUAUGGGGGCAUCCCGGGGGGUGCGAAGAACGGCGAGAUUGGGUACACGUUCACGUUUGUGAUCGCGUACAUUCGGGACCUAGCGCUCGAGUACGACAUAGUGGCGGAGUCGUUCGAGACGUCCGUCCCGUGGGAGCGAGCGCUCGCCCUGUGCGCGGCGACCAAGCGGCGCGUCGCGGCCGAGUGCCGCCGGCACCGGGUACAGCGCUACCUGAUCUCGUGCCGGCUGACGCAGACGUACGAUGCCGGGUGCUGUAUAUACUUCUACUUCGGGUUCCGUAGCGCAGGCUGCGUGGACCCGCUGCGCACGUACGAGGAGAUUGAGGAUGCUGCGCGGGACGAGAUCAUUGCGAAUGGGGGUUCAAUAUCCCAUCACCACGGCGUGGGCAAGUUACGUCAGCGCUGGUACGAGCCGACAGUCAGCGAGCCAGGCGCGAGGUUAUUAAAGGCGGCCAAGCGCGAGCUGGACCCCAACAAUGUGUUCGCGCUUGGCAAUAUGGCUCUUGGAGUUGCUAGCAAGCUAUAGGGCGCUAUCAAACCUAAAUAAUUUUUAAAGAGAAACUUCUUUAUCGGGGUUGGAAAAAAAAUUUUAAGUGAAACUUCUUUAACGGGGUUGGAAAAAAAAUUUAGUGUAUCAUUUUAUCGUUGC